AUGUACCAACUUCCAGAUGCGUUGGAUCGCUUUCGCGUUGGGUUUCAGGCUACUGACCCAAAGGACAAAGUAUAUGGUCUCCUGAAUCUGGUCUCACCAAGGUUUGAAGUAGACGCCCUUGAUAUCAAUUACAGCAAGAGCGUUGGAAAAGUAUAUGCCGACACUGUUCUUACCGACAUCCAACUAUACUCGCGGUUGACGGCCUUCGCUCGUAUUACACAUCCUGUGAGUUACGAUGGCCCGGGGCCCGGGGACUACAAAGACUGCAAGGACUUCAAAGAGAUAUCAGAGUACAGGUCAUGGGCUCCGCGGUGGGAUCGUAUAGGAUUUGCGGAGAAGUUGGGUAUUGACGACGCGGAUUGUCCUUGGAGUGCGUGUGGGAAAAACUCGACUGCUGUGAUCGUCGAGAAACCCAGUGAACCCGCACAGCUCUACCUCAAGGGUGUAAUAUACGGCAGAGUAGAUGAGGUUGGCAGAAUCAUGGACUACUAUAAUCUGAAGGACCCCGAGUAUGCUGGCGACCCCAAGUUCGACAGUAAUAACGAGAAUGCCUACGAGAUGGUUCCUGAUGGCACGGACAUCAACUCCGGUUAUGACCCAACUGACAGACAUCCAUAUAUCGACAAUUUCGAACGAAUAGACGUCGAAUCGUCUCCAGAGAAGUUCGCUCGAACUUUGACAGCAGGUCGCUGGGAUGAAGAUGGUAAAUAUCUUGAUCGUCUAAGCACGGAAAUGCAAGCAAGACAUAGUGCUGCGUGCAUUCAUUUGCUACUUCGGUUGCUACAUGUUUAA